CUGGUCCAUUGAUCCGGAGAUCCAGGCGUCGGUAGGACUCUUGUGUUUCCACGCCUCCCACUUUCACCCCCAUUGUGGUGAUUCUCCGGCUCACACACACUUUGCCAGACUUCCAGGAGUUGGAGCGAGUGACCGAAGACGAAAACGCCGACAACGUUUUCAAAAAGAAAAAGAAAAACCGUGUCUUCUUUCACGCAUGGAUCUACUUUCUUCUCUUGUGGGAUUUCAAAGAGCUGCAAUGGUUUGCGCUGCUGAGAAUUUUGGAGACUCGUACCGGAGAGAAAGGGCACACGUUCUCUACGCUGCAAAGUUGUAAAAGUAGUUUCCCUUGAAGUUUUUUUUUUUUUUUUUUUUUUUUUGCCCCCUGCCACCAGUUAAGACUCCGUGUUUCUUCAGCCUGUAGACCCACAGCCAUCAUGGCGAGGCGGACGGGGGAGAAACCUCCGGGUUUGACGCCGAAUACGCGCGCUGCUUUCCGGGAUAAACACCUUCGGUUUCACGGGGGCUUGUUGGCUUUUUCGUGGAGCUUCGUUGUAAUGUGCUCGGCUCUUUCUUGUGGAUAUUGCGGAGCCGAAACGGAGUUUUCCAUCUUGGAAGAAGCGCAAGUUUUGGCCGACCAGAUGAAAAAGCUGUCCUCCCAGGAGCUGGGAGUCUUUACUAUGCAGAGGAUUUUCAACUCGUUUGUGUAUACUGAGAAGACAUCAAACGGAGAGACAGAAGUGCAGCAGUUGGCCAAAAAGAUCCGAGAAAAGUUUAACCGCUACCUAGAUGUGGUGAACCGGAACAAACAGGUGGUGGAGGCCUCGUACACCGCUCACCUCACCUCUCCGCUCACUGCGAUACAGGACUGCUGCUCCAUACCUGCAUCUAUGAUGGAGUUUGAUGGAAACUUCAAUACCAACGUAUCCAAGACCAUCUGCUGUGACAGACUUUCCCCCAAAGUCAACAGCCGAGCUUUUAACCCUGGACGGGACCUCAACUCAGUUUUGGCAGACAACCUGAAGUCCAACCCGGGGAUAAAGUGGCAGUACUUCAGCUCAGAGGAGGGCAUCUUUACAGUCUUCCCUGCCCACAAGUUCCAGUGCAAGGGAAGUUACGAGCACCGCAGCAGGCCUGUGUAUGUGUCUGCGGUGCGUCCCCAGUCUAAACACAUCGUGGUGAUGGUGGACCACGGAGCGUCUGUAACGGACACCCAGCUUCAGAUCGCCAGAGACUCGGCACUGGUCAUCCUCAACGCUGUAGAUGAACAUGACAAGAUCUCCAUUUUGUCUGUGGCAGAGAUGGUUCGCUCCUGUUCUCUGGACCAGUGCUAUAAGAGUCUGCUCUCUCCUGCCACCAGUGAGACCAAAAGGAAGAUGAGCACCUUCAUCUCCAACAUCAAGGCGUCUGAUGGAGCCACGCUGCACGCAGCCGGCUUCCAGAAGGCCUUCCAGCUGCUCCGAAACACCAGCAGUCUCUGCAAACAGACCACAGACAUGGUGAUCAUCUACCUGUCGUCUGGCAUCACAUCUCGAGAGUCGUCGGAGCAGGAGAAGAGAGCGACGCUCACUGUGGUCAGAGAGGAGAACCGACACCUCAACAACUCGGUCAUGAUCCUAACAUACGCUCUCAUGAACGAGGGAGUAACAGGCCUCAAGGAGCUGGCCUUCUUGAGGGAUCUCGCAGAGCAGAAUUCGGUGAAAUACGGCGUUGACCGAACUUCCGACCGAGACCGCUUAUCUGCGGCAUCCUCAUCCGGAUCAGCCGGAGCUUCCAUGAUGCCGGUGGUGAAGGGAAGUAUGAUGGUUCUAAACCAGCUGAGCAAUCUGGAGACGACAGUGGGCCUCUUCUACAUUAACCUGCCCAAUCGCAUGAUUGACCUGGCCCGCUUCAGCCUGCCCUACACUGACCCCAUGGGAGAUGGGUUUAUCAUGACCGUGAGCCGGCCGUGUUAUUUCGCUAACCUGCUCCUGGGUGUGGUCGGGGUGGAUGUGAACCUGGCCUACAUCCUGGAGGAUGUCACCUACUACCAAGACUCACUGGCUUCUUACACGUUCCUCAUCGACAACAAAGGUUACACCCUGAUGCAUCCGUCACUGACACGGCCCUACUUGAUGACCGAACCUCCCCUUCACACUGACAUUAUCCACUACGAGAAUAUCCCAGGAUUCCCUGUUGUCCGGCAGAACAUCCUCAGCCUCCCUCUGGGCAGUCAGGUCAUUUCUGUCCCAGCCAACUCAUCUCUGUCGUGGCACACCAACCGACUCCGGGACAGCAACAAAGAAGCAUACAACGUCAGCUACGCCUGGAAACUGGUUCAGGACACGUCUUUCAUCCUGUGCAUCGUGUACGUGCAGCCGGAGAUCCCAGUGAAGCAUCUGAAGAACCUGAACACAGCUCCCAGCUCCAAGCUACUGUACCAUCGUUUAGACCUGCUGGGUCAGCCCAGCUCCUGCCUGCACUUCAAGCAGCUCUCCACAGUUGAGUCCCCCACUGUGAUGUUGGCAGCUGGUAGUUUCUCCUCUCCCUACGAGCACCUCAGUCAGCCCGAAACAAAGCGCAUGGUGGAGCACUACACCGCCUACCUGAGUGACAACACCAGGCUCAUCGCCAACCCAGGCCUCAAGUCCUCUGUCAGGAACGAGGUUAUGGCGACCAGUCACGUCACGGAUGAGUGGAUGACACUAAUGGAAAUGAGUAGCCUCAACUGCUACAUUGUGCGCCGUUACAUAGCAACGCCCAGUGGGGUGCUCCGGAUUUACCCAGGAUCACUGAUGGACAAAGCCUUCGACUCGACCCGCAGACAAUGGUACCAGCAUGCUGUGGCUAACCCUGGCCUCAUCACCUUCACGGGACCGUACCUGGAUGUAGGCGGGGCGGGCUACGUUGUUACCAUCAGCCACACCAUCCAUGCUUCCAGCUCUCAGAUGGCCCCUGGUUACGCAGUUGCGGUGAUGGGUAUAGACUUCACUCUACGCUACUUCUAUAAGGUCCUACUGGACCUGCUGCCCAUCUGCAACCAGGACAAAGGAAACAAGAUCAGGUGCUUCAUAAUGGAGGACAGAGGGUACCUGGUCGCUCACCCCACUCUCAUUGACCCCAAAGGUCACGCCCCUGCAGAGCAACAGCACAUCACACACAAGGAGCCGCUGGUGGCUAACGACAUCCUGAACCACCCCAACUUUGUCAAGAAGAACCUAUGUAACAGCUUCAGUGACCGCACCGUGCAGCGCUUUUACAAGUUCAACACCAGCAUAAUGGGGGACCUUACCAACCUGGUCCAUGGUAGCCAUUGUUCCAAGUACCGUCUGACCCGGAUCCCCGGCACGAACGCCUUCGCUGGUAUCGUGAACGAGACGUGUGACUCUCUGGCGUUCUGUGCCUGCAGCACCGUGGACCGGCUCUGUCUCAACUGCCACAGAAUGGAGCAGAAUGAAUGUGAGUGUCCAUGUGAAUGCCCCCUGGAGGUCAAUGAGUGUACCGGCAACCUCACCAGUGCUGAAAACAGGAACCCUAGCUGUGAAGUGCACCAGGAGCCUGUCAGUCUGAAUGUGAUUGAUCCUAGUCUGCAUGACACCCUGCCCCAGUGCAUCAACACUCGCUGUAGCCAGAGAUACACCAGCAGUGAUUGUUUCGGCGUGUUGGACUGUGAGUGGUGCAUGGUGGACAGUGAUGGUAAGGCUCUCGACAAGCCAUACUGUGCCCUGCAGAAGGAAUGUUUCGGGGGCAUCGUCGGCGCCAAGAGUCCUUACGCGGAUGGCCCUGGAGCCCUAGAUGAGGAGGUGGCAUCUCUAAACAUGAUCAAGAGCGCCCCUGUGGGUCCAGUCGCCGGGGGCAUUAUGGGAUGCAUCAUGGUGUUAGUGCUGGCUGUGUACGCGUACAGACAUCAGAUCCACAGGCGUUCGCACCAGCACAUGUCACCACUGGCAGCACAGGAAAUGUCAGUGAGAAUGUCCAACCUGGAUAAUGAAAGAGAUGAGAGGGAUGAAGACAGCCAUGAGGACAGAGGAAUCAUCAGUAACACUCGAUUCAUCGCUGCCGUGAUUGAGCGGCACACUCACACGCCUGAACGGAGACGGAGGUACUGGGGUCGAUCGGGCACAGAGAGUGACCACGGCUACAGCACCAUGAGUCCGCAGGAGGACAGCGAGAAUCCACCUGGGAACAACGACCCGCUCUCGGCUGGUGUCGACGUCGGUAACCACGACGAUGACCUGGACCUGGACACGCCUCCUCAGACGGCAGCGUUGCUCAGCCACAAGUUUCACCCCUACCGGCACACGCAUACGCACCACCACCCGCUGCACACGCACCACCUGCAGGCCGCGGUCACCGUGCACAGUGUGGACGCAGAGUGCUGAUCUUCAGCGCGGCAUUUGCACCCCCCAACCCCCCUGCCAGGGAUGGAACUUGGAUAGAACUUUUUUCUUAUUAAAGACUAUUUUUAAAAAACAUUUGUGCUUGAUUAGACAGCACACAGUAGGUACUGUCAGGAUGGACAUAGGGAGAGAGAAGCUGGACUCGCAGUGUCACUGGGCCGCUGGAAUCUCCAUCUGCCAUGAAUGAAUGUUUAGCUUAAUAUGGUCUCAUUGUGCCAACAGCUCCAUCUCAACCCUUUUUUUUUUUUAUAACCCAGUCCAAAAUCUGGCAAGUGUACACAGUUUUACACACACUGAAAAUUACCAGACCUGGGCCAGUAAUAAUAACCAAAUGGAAUGUUUGUUUUUUGAAGGAAUUUGGCAUUCAGGACUCUGUAAGAGCACACUAAAAUGCUUUUUGAGCCUAUUCAUUGAGGAGAAGACACAUCUGGAACCUAAAAUCCUUGAGGGAGGAUAUAGGUCUUUAUUUCCAUGUGGAAAACACUUGGAAAUAACCCCCCACCCCCCACCUAGGGCUCCAUCCCAGCCUCCCCACUAAGUCUAAUGUCUCAGAUGAAGAGUAAGAAUACUGUAUUUUUUACAUAGGCCGGUACCUAAUGUGGAAUUCUAUCAUGAAUUAUAUUGCAGCUUUACUCUCUGUUCUGCAGAUAGACUCUCAACACCGGGGUUUCUUCUAAAGAUAUUUGGACAUAUUUCACGAGUGUCUGUGAAAGUACGAAAAUAAAUCAGUAAUUCCCAUAAAUACAGGAAGAAACAAUUUUAAGAGGGGAAGAUUAUUUUUCUACUAUUUAUUAAAGCGGUAAAUCUUCAGAACAGAUGAGUAAGCAGCUGGAGCUAACACAAACAAGAAAUUAGUUGGGAUAAGUGCUACGUACUGACCCACCCUCAUUAUUUUCUGGUUGUUUAUUUGGAAUUUAAAGAAUAUCCGACAUAUUUGCCUGUGGUGCAUAAUCACAAGCUCAUUUGGAUUUCAUUUCCAUUUCUUUCUUCAAUUUCUUUUAUAAAUUCUGAGCUAUCCUCUACCCCAGAGGAUCCCAUUCACUAUAUAGCGUGGUGAACAGAGUCUUCUUGCAGCAUGAAACAUGUUUGGAUGAGCAGGGACCUUAAAUCAAAGUCAGAUCUGCUCCUUUGAAAAAGAAAAAGAUAUUCAGGUAUUUUUCAGUAAAUAUCAGUAAAAAAAAAAAAUAAAAGAAAAAACUAAUUAAAAUGAUGAGCCUUAAAUCCCAUCCUGUCUCAGAGUAGUUUGGAGGAAGUGGUCCUUGACAUAGCACAUUUUUCUUUCUGUAUUCACAGUUCUGAAUCACUGAGGUCUUUGUGUUAUUGUGAGGUAAGACUUGCCGUGCCGAACAUCCUCAUUCUGGACAUGUCCUCCGUAUCAGGAGGCAGAACUUCUAUGCUCGCUUGCCUUUGUAAGCCUCCUGGGGAUGAAGGAGAGAACAGUGAGAGUAACACCAGCAAAACAUUCCUGGCUUUAGUCAUUGCUGGGGAUUUGGUGUGUCAGGAUAGUUGGGGAUCCUUAUAGAGGUUCUGAGAGAUUCACAAAGACCCCCACAUCCCAACAACUUAUUUUGCCCCCGAGGCCAGACUGCUACUGUGUGUAUGUUAAAGUUGUGUGCUGGAUUUUGUGCAAAGCAAGUUGAAUUUCCAGUGAUGCCCAAGAUGGAGUCUCCUUCUCAUCAAAGAGUGAAAGAGGGAGAGAUGCUGCUGUUGCUGUUGUUGUUGUUGUUGUACAGAGGUUACACCCAUCUGUCGGCUCCUCUGUGGUUAACCACUCAAAAUGUAUUUUCUACACGUCUCUGGUUUAUAUAUGUGUGUGUGUGUGUGUGUGUGUGUGUGUGUGUGUGUGCGAGAGAGAGAAGAGAAAAUGAUGAUCCACCUGGAACAUUUUCAUUGAAUGCAAUGUAUUUUUUUUUUUUCAAGAUAGUAUCAGAGAACUAUAGGUGAAAUUAUUAUGAUUGAGAAAUCCACUUAUUUUUAUUCUGAUGAAGUCACUUGACCCGAUCUGUGCUUUGUGAGUUUGAUUGUUCAGCUGGUUAAAAUUGCGUCUGUGUAGCAUCCAUUUAUUUCUGGGUGCAAAAAAUGUCUAUUGUUUUUCAGAGAUUCAUUAUGAAGUGUAAAUACAGAAUCACAAAUAGCUAUUAAUGUCCUGUACACUCCAUUUUUUUAUGAUAGUAAAACAUGAUUUAUGCUUCAAAUGAUGCUCACAUAUUUGGGUUUGAUAUUUUGAAUUGUCUGUUCAUGGUGUCUCACUAUAUUUUUGAUGCCUUGGAUGUUCUUUUAGAUUUAUUUUUCUUUAGGUCCAUAUUGGAUGGAAGUCAGUACUUAAUACACACGUUUUAUGUUUGAGAGACUUCUAGUUUUUAAAGUUUUAUCACGUCUUAAAAAAUGUUAAAGAAAGCUUAUCUCUCCAUUAACUAAUUUAGAUUUGCAAAAAAAAGCGGUACUACAUCUUUUCACUGAUUUAUGACCAAAAAAAAUACACUUGUAGUGGAUUCAGUUUACAGUAGGCUGCUGUAAGCCGCAUUGUGGUUCUGUUGCUACUUAAGACUGUAAGCCAUUUACAGUUAUUUUUAUGUGUUUGCUGCAAAAGUGCUAAAUAUGUUGACACCUGAAGCAGUGAGAUUAAAACAAAGUGGUGUUAUCUUUGUAAUAUUUCAUGUCAAAGUACUACUGUUCUUAAACUCAUUGUAUGUGAAGUGGGUUAAAUAUUCUCAAUACACUCAAGGCUUUGAUUACAGAAAGGUUUUUCAUUACAGUUAUACCAUCAGACCAUUUACUGUAGCAAGUUUGACCAUAUUAACAUUUAUUUACCUGCAGUCAAUAUGUGUCACAGAAAAUCUAUACUCACCACUUCACAUGGUACAUCAUUUUGGUUCAAUUAGACAUUGGCACAGUCUUGUAGCAUUUCAGGGCAUAUAUUUUAAUAUUUGUGUAUGUUGGGGCAAAUAGUUUUUUCCAAAUUGAGUUUGUUUUCAAAAGCAUUUUUUCAAGAGAUAUAACAGUAUUUACCAGCUGUGUGUGUGUGUGUGUGUGUGUGUGUGUGUGUGUGUGUGUGUGUGUGUGUGUGUGUGUGUGUGUGUGUGUGUGUGUGUGUGUGCGGCGCGUGCGUGCGUGCAGAACACUCUGAAAAGCAUUAAUUAAUGUACUGAAGGAAC